AUGGAGGGCUCAUCGUACCGCAACGCGGUUCAGCGGCGCAACCACAAAGAGCGAUCUCAACCGGUCGGACGAGCCAAGCUCGGCCUGCUGGAGAAGCAUAAGGACUAUGUGUUGCGAGCAAAGGACCACCAUAAGAAGCGCGACAUGCUCAAGCGUCUUUCGGAAAAGGCGGCUAUGCGAAACAAGGAUGAAUUCUACUUUGGCAUGAUCAACUCGGGCACGCGCAAUGGUGUUCAUCAGCACGCGCGUCCGACCGAGCAGCUGGAUAACGACGUCGUCGCACUUCUCAAGACGCAGGACGUGGGGUAUGUGAGGAGCCAGAUCAUUGCAGAGAAGAAGCGCAUCAAAGCACUCGUAGAGAGGCUUGCGCCGAGUGUGGCUGGAUUGAGCACAGAGUGGCUCGACGAUAAAGAGAACAGACGCGCGACGUUGCAAAGGGCGGGCUUGCUCGCCUCGUCUGCGCGGUCGAAACCGCCAAAAAGCUCGAGUUCCAGCUCGACCGCGACCGCGCUGAUCGGCGCCCAAGGAAAGAAGACAGUGUGGCUCGACGACGCAGAUGCAAUUCGCUCCUAUCAGUCGGCUUCCGCUUCCACUUCUGCUUCCGCUUCCACGAGCAAGGCAUCGAUGCCAGUGCAAGAAGCCAACGAGGGAUUCGGCGCAUCUUGGAUCGAUGACCUCCCCUCGGACUCUUCCGAUAUCCAAGACGACUUUGGCCCAACUGAAACGCCAUCUUCUGCAUCUACCGCAAUGAAGAAGGGCUCGAAACACCUCGGAUACCUCACCACCGAGCUCGCCUCCAGAUACUCGCGUCUCGACCAACUCGAACUCGCUGCUGAGAAGCUCAACCUGGUGCGCGCGCUCAUGACGCACAAGGGCGGAAGCAGCCGAGUGGUCAAAGCCACUAAGAAGGCGAGCUUGACAGACGCGGUGAUCAACGCUGAACUCACGAGUAACGCGCUUGCACUGCACGACACGGAUGACGACGAGCAGGCGCAUCGUGCCAAGCCCAAGGUGUACACGUUUACCAAGCAGAGGAAGCGUUGA